GUGACGUUGCUUGACGCUGUUUCCUGUGUCGCUCUGGCGCGGGAAGGUCUGAUGCUGCAGGAUUCAUCAUGGACGUGGAGAUGAAAGAACCCGAUGGUGAACAAAGUCAGACAGACGCACAGAAUAAUAAAAAAGAAGAUAAAAAAGAAGAUGCUACAAAGUCUUCGACGAGCACUUAUGAACUCCCCUGGGUUGAAAAAUACAGACCGCUGAAGCUGAAUGAAAUAGUUGGAAAUGAAGAAACUGUCAGCAGAUUGGAGGUUUUUGCCAGAGAGGGAAAUGUACCCAACAUCAUUAUUGCUGGACCUCCUGGCACUGGAAAAACAACAAGCAUUUUAUGUUUGGCCAGAGCUCUUCUGGGCCCGGCAAUGAAGGAUGCUGUGCUCGAGCUGAAUGCCUCAAAUGAUCGAGGUAUCGACGUUGUCCGAAACAAGAUCAAGAUGUUUGCCCAGCAAAAAGUUACUCUCCCCAAAGGGCGUCACAAAAUCAUCAUUCUGGAUGAAGCUGACAGCAUGACUGAUGGAGCACAGCAGGCUCUGAGGAGAACAAUGGAGAUCUAUUCGAAGACCACCAGAUUUGCCUUAGCCUGCAAUGCAUCAGAUAAAAUUAUAGAGCCAAUUCAGUCACGCUGUGCAGUGCUGCGCUACAGUAAGCUGAGGGAUGAACAAAUCAUGAUGCGGCUGAUGGAGGUGGUGGAGAAAGAGAACUUGCACACCACUAACGAUGGACUGGAGGCCAUUAUCUUCACUGCCCAAGGAGACAUGAGACAGGCGCUAAACAACCUGCAGUCCACCCAUUCUGGAUUUGGUUUUAUCAACAGUGACAAUGUGUUCAAGGUAUGUGAUGAGCCACACCCCCUGCUGGUUAAAAACAUGCUUGAACACUGUGUCAGUGCCAACAUCGACGAGGCUUACAAGAUAAUAUCACAGCUUUGGUCACUUGGCUACUCUCCUGAAGAUAUCAUAGGGAACAUCUUCAGAGUGUGUAAGACCUUCCAAAUGCCGGAGUACUUGAAACUGGAGUAUAUCAAGGAGAUUGGCUACACCCACAUGAAGGUAGCAGAAGGAGUAAACUCUCUCCUCCAGCUGGCUGGACUGUUAGGACGUCUCUGCAGUAAGACUGCAACACCUGAGGCAAGCUAAAGCCUACUGCUUCAUACUCCACAGUUAAGCUGAGAUUCAAACCCGUCAGUAAUAUAGUCCAAGUACAUUUAACUGUAAAUAGUUUUAAAAAUUCCUCAAUAAAACCUAUGCUUUUUCA